AUGAAUAUAUAGUAGUAAUAUCAAAUUAAUUAGUAACAAUCUAACUCAGGUAAUUAAUAAUAAUGCAGCUACACUAUUUGUUAAUAGAAUCAUAGCUGUAGAUUCUAUGAUAAAAUAAUUCCAAAAAAUUAGCAAUAAUAAAAUUAAAUAAAUGAUAACAAAGAAAAAUAAUAAUAAUCACAUUACUCUUUUGAAAACUAAUAAUUAUCUGUGAGGAAUUAGAGUAUAAAUUAGUAAUUGGAAUCUAAAUAAUUCAAUUAAUUUUCUGAUAAUAUCGCAUAAUAAAGCUAUUUUAGUUAGAGUUAAUUAAGUAAAGUUAAAAAUGGUUUACCCAACCUAGGAUAGACUAGCUAUAUUAACUCAGCAAUUCAAUAAUUAAAAUAAUUUUAUUACAUAGACAAAACUAUAUUUGGUUCUUCAACGUUUGGUUAACAUUUUAAGGAUCUUUUUAAUCAUUUAGAAAAUGGAAAUUCAAAAACUGUUAAGACAAUAAUAGAGAAUAUUUUUGAUAUGGCUUUGUAAUAACAAUAGCAAGCAAGAGGUGGUGGAGAUGCUUACAUGUGCAUUUAUAAUUUUCUAAAUUCUAUUAAGAAAUCACUACCUGAUGAUGAAAAAGAAGAAUUUAAUAGUAACUUUUUACUGAAAUAUAGUGAUCAUUUAGAAUGUUUGUGUUGUAAUACAAAAAUUCAGAAUACUAUAGAUGAGCAUACAUUUUAUCAGUAUGAAGAAUUUGGGCAAGAAUGUAUUUCAUUAUCCCAUGCUUUUAGUGAUGAAGGGGAUUAAAGCUUAUUUUAAGCUUUAAACCCUGACAUAAUUUGUUAAUAAUGCAAAUAAAAAUAAUUCUUGACAAAAAGAGAAUAUCAAGUAGCUCCUAAUUUUAUGAUGAUAAGAUUACUAAACCAUGAUUCAAAACCUAAUCAUGAUUAUAAAAGUAAUGAUAAUAUUCUAUAAUAAGAAUUCGAUUUAAUAGUGCAAGGCCAAUAAUUUAUUGAAAAAUAUCAAAUAAUUGGAUUUUGUUAACAUAAUUAGCAUCGUUAUUAAUACUAAGCAAAAUAUGGAAAUUAAUGGUUAUAAUUUGAUGAUAACUAGGUAUAUUUUACUUAAAAUCCUAACUGCUCGAAUACAUUAUACUAUGUUUUGAAGAAAAUCUAGAAUACUAGAGUAGAAUAUGAAACAAAAUCUAAGUAACUAUUAGCUAAACCUUCACCUGCUUUCAAUAAAAAAAAUAAUUAAUAAGAAAGAUAGUAUGAUGGCAAAAUAAAACAGGAAAAUUCUUAGAAAUAAAAUAAUACUUUAGAAAUAAAAAAUAGCUCAAAUAAUAUUUAAUAUGUGGAUUAUACUAAUAGAAACUCUUAAAAUCAGCAAAUAACGAAAAAGGUCGAAGCAGAGUAAGAAGAGGAACUCAAAAAAAAUGAAGCAAAUAUCUAGUUAGAAAAUAACUAAUAAACUUAAAAUAAUUAUGAAAAAAUAACCAAAAUUAAUAGCUUUGUAAAAGAUUGCAAUUCAUUACACAUGCUUGAGAGUAGAUAAUACAUAAUACCUGUAAUUUAGACUUUAAUGCAAAUAUAUUAUUUUAUUGAUGAAGAAUUAUUUGAUCAAUCUCCUUUUGGAUAUUUAGAUUUUAAAAUUUUAAUUAAGUUUUUGAAAAUAUAAAAUAUUUAAAAUGCUAAAUCAUUGUUAGAAAAUAUUUUUAUUAAAAUUGGAUAAACUAAAAAAUAUUAGAAAUCCUCUAAGGCCUAUUCAUACUUCCAUGAUUUGCUCUAUGACAUCAUGAGCAAAUUAAUUUAUCAAUAAGAUAGUCAUUUUAUAGGUAAUUUUUUCAUUCAGUAUUGUGAUCGAUUCAUUUGCCAAAAUUGUUAGUUUAAGAUUUAUUCUUUGCCUAUUUUUACCAUCUAAGACCAAGAAAUACAUAAAAGAAUGCUUGAUGAUGAGUUUUGUAAUGAUAACGAUUUAAGUACUUAAUAUAUAAUUUAAUAGUGCAGCAAAUGUUAAAAAAGUUAAGGAUAGUAAAGACUAUACUUAAAAGCACCUAAUUUUAUGAUAAUAAAUCAAAUUUCUAAGGAACUUAAACAAAGUUUAUCUGCAAACAUAAAUAAAUCCUUUACAUUUAAAUUAUAUGAUGGUUCUAUUUAAGUUUAUAAAAUUAUUGGAUUUUGCAAUUAAAUCAACAACAAGUAUUCUUAUACAGCAAAAUGUGAAGAUACUUGGGUAGAAAUAAAACAGCAGCCUGAAUAUGAUGUGAAACCUAAUUGCUCUAAUGCAUAAUAUUUAGUUUUAUAAAAAUAAAUUUGA